UACAACGGUGCCAUCCUCAUCCUAACCGCUCAUGUGGUGCAGCGGACUGUAGCUUUGAAUCUGUCUAUUUUUGGGCUAAAGUCCUUACAUGAGCUGCGAAUGUAAUAAAUGAAGCAGAUGCGACACACAUCACGGUGGGCCCUACCUAGCAAAUAGUAAUAAAGGCGAAUCUCCUCAUCUCUAUAUCAAUGGUAAAGCCCUCUCCAUCUUUCCUCCUAAGAAAACCAAUACCACCCAAAUGGCUGAAUCUCACAUCCUUCUCCUAACUUUCCCGGCCCAAGGACAUAUCAACCCCGCCCUCCAAUUCGCCAAGCGCCUCGUCCGAACAGGUACCCACGUCACCUUCGCCACCAGCGUCCACGCCCACCGGCGCAUGGUAAAAUCCACUCCUCUUGACGGGCUAUCCUAUGCCUCAUUCUCGGACGGCUACGAUGACGGCAUCAAGCCCACAGACGACCGGCAUGAGUUCAUGGCGCAGUUUAAGGAGGUGGGAUGUCGGUCCGUCCGCGACCUCAUCAGCAACCUCGCUGACGAUGGCCGCCCAGUCACGUGCGUGGUCUACACCCUCCUCCUCCCAUGGGCUGCUGACGUGGCUCGUAUCAUGGGCAUUCCGUCAGUACUACUUUGGAUACAGCCCGCAGCCGUCCUGGCCAUUUACUACCAUUACUUCCAUGGAUACGAUAAUCUCAUAGAAAGCAGCAACAAAGACCCUUCUUCUUCAAUAGAAUUACCCGGUUUGCCACUUCUCUCUAUAAAAGACUUACCUUCGUUUUUCGUCUCUACAACUACAAGCGACAUCCCUUCCGCACUUCCUAUAUUCGAAGAACUCUUCCACCAACUUGAGAAAGAAUCUUGCCCGAAAGUGCUCGUGAACACUUUCGAUGCAUUGGAAGGCGACACCAUGAGAGCAGUGGAUAAGCUGGACAUGGUCGGGGUCGGACCGUUGAUCCCAUCGGCUUUCUUGGAUGGAAAGGAGACAUCGGAUACUGCUGUUGGUGGCGACUUGUUCCAGAAAUCAAGAGACUACGUCGAAUGGCUGGAUUCUAAGCCCGAUUCUUCAGUAGUCUACGUAUCCUUCGGUAGCAUUUCGGUGGCAUCGGAACAUCAGAUGGAGGAAAUUUUGAGUGGGUUAGUAGAAAGCUGUCGAUCUUUCUUGUGGAUCAUCAGGCCAGCUGAGAACAGUGUCGAAACCGAAACUAAUACCGAGUUCUGGAAGAAGGUGAGAGCGGUGGAGGAAAGGAAACAAGGGUUGGUAGUGCCAUGGUGUUCGCAGGUGGAGGUUCUGUCACACCGUUCGGUUGGGUGCUUUGUGUCGCAUUGCGGAUGGAACUCGACGUCGGAAAGCUUGGCUGUGGGCGUUCGGAUGGUGGGUUUUCCUCAGUGGACGGACCAACCAACGAAUAUAAAGAUGGUGGAGAGUGUUUGGAAGACGGGCGUGCGGGUCAGAGCAAAUGGAGAUGGGAUUUUGGAAGGUGGAGAGCUGAAGAGGUAUUUGGAAUUGGUGAUGGGAGGAGAGGAAGGAGAGGAGAUGAAGAAGAAUUCUUUGAGGUGGAGGGAUUUGGCGAGGGAGGCUGCUGCGGAAGGUGGUUCUUCGGAUAAGAAUAUCCGAGCAUUUGUGGAAGAAAUGGCAGAUAUAAAACCCUAAAAGGUCGUGGAACGAAUCCUCGCUAGGAAUGGAAAAUGGUUGUCAUGUGUUUGGUCGGCGAUGGUCUGACUUGUGUGGAGGAGAUCAUGCGCAAAUUUAUUAGGAAAAAACAACUCUUAACCACUUUGUUAUGUAUACGGCCGGGUGUAUCUCUCUCGUCUUGUUUGGAUACGAUAACAUAUAUUGUCGUCCUGGUCUUCAUAAAUGAGAAGGUGUAAAGUGAAACUUGUUCGGACGCUGAUUGACUCUUACCCUGGCUCGCCUCCGACUGGGAACGGAUAGUCUCUUUGAGUGGCAA